AUGUUCAGGAAGAUUAAUAAUGUGUUCCGUCCCAACCAUCACGGACACAGAGGGCUGGAUGGUGGUGGUGGUGGUGGAGGGUUUCGGUCCGAACAGGACUACCACAAAGCCUGCACUGUCAGGCUGGUCCGCAGCACCUCCAUGCUCGUGGUGGGAGAGAAAACUCAGGCAGCCGUGGGCUCAACUUUGAAACGGAGCAAAAGUACAGUGAGCAUUGAGUCGACCUUUUACUAUUAUCAGAGACAAGAGGACAGGAUUUGGCUUUACUCGCAGAAUCAGAACUGCCUGGAGUACCUGGAAGCACUUGUGGCUUUGAGACGGCAAUACACAAAGAGUGUAAUUGACUUGAAAAGUAAUGACACCAAGGCCACAGUGUCCUCCAAGAAGAAGCCUGCACCCCCGCGGCCUACGAAGGAAGAACUGAUAUCAAGAGCCAAACCCUCUGCCCCUCCAGUCCCCAACGAGGAGGACACUUUGCAGUUCUUUGAUGCAGUCAUCGCAGAUUGCGACAGUGAACCUCUGCGCAAACAGUAUAUGGAUGAUGGAAACGCAGAUGUGGACUUCAUAGUGGCCUCCAGCUCAGCCGAACACGACCUCCACUCUAACUGGGUCUUGCGGGUUCCUCGGGUUGCAGACGACUCCAAGCUGAAAGCAGUUUAUGAGUGUGCCAACGAAAGCGCCCCAAAGAAGAAAAGCCAGAGCGGGUCCACGAGCAGCAGACUGCGGCUGCAGAGGAACCCGAUCCAUCUGCCCAAAGUGGUGGAGAGUGCAUUCCAGACUCUGCGCUUCAAGCCCAAAUUAAAAAAGCAGUGAAGCUUGAUAAGACAUUUGAAACCACCAGCACUGCCACUCUGCUGCCAUACACCAUGCUCUGCUAAAACUCCAUCCGGACAAUUAAUACUUACAUAAAAUAUUUAGAAGGAAUUUUAAUAAAGCAAAUGUAAAGAAAUUAAUAAAAAAAAAAAAAAACUGUCUAGCCGAUGACGUCAAGUUAAUUUAAGUUAAUUCCUCUUUUUCACAGCAGACAUUUUGACUUGGUUAGAAAGCCACAAAUGUUAAUUAUAUUAACAAUGUCUCUGUUCUAUUCAAGUGUCCCAGUAAGUCAUGGCAGCGUGACAAAGAACCAGCAUGCACAAUACCAGGACCGAACUGAAGCAGCCUAAUGGAAUUCAGCCAUCAUUAGCCAUAGGUUACCAAACCUUAAAUAUUCCACAUAUUUCAUACAUUAUUGGUAGAAUUUAACUUUUAUAGCCAGCAAGUGUCAGCUUUUCAAUUUCUAGCAUUCUCUAGUUUGCUACAAAAUGUCUUCUAUGAAAAAGGCUUAUCCAGUAGUAUUUGUUUCAGGGAUAUUCUAAACCGGUUCAGAUUAAUAUAAACAUCAAUGUCUGAUUCAUAUGUAUCAAUUGGAUGCCGCAUUAAAUGGGAGAAUAUUACUUGAUUUUUGCAGCAUAUUCUGUAAUACAAAUUCUUUCUCCAACCCCUCUGAUAAUACCAUUUCUUUCAAAUCUGCUUUUGAACUGAAUUAAAUAAGAGAAAUAUAUAAGUUAUAUAAAAUUGUGUGAUGGGUAUGACAUUGAGGUUGAGCAGAGUUUAUGGUUCAGACCUGCGAAGAGACUGCGGUCAAUCGAGGUAUCGAAGCCAACAGUAAAUUGCAACAAUGUCCUUCGCAGCAAUAAACAUACUUCUGUACUGUAGGAAUGCCGGUUUCAUUUAAUUGAGCUCUUUAAGGCAAGUCCCAGGGCUGAAUUGACUGAAAAGUUCAAAACCAGCUAAGGUUAUUAUGCUUACUGUUGAAGUUAAAAUGGUCUUAAAUAUAAUGGGUCAAUUCACCCUAUAACAUGAAAAUAAAAUAAAACACAUUUUGUGACUUAACCUUUUGGUAUCUUGCAAUACGGACAUUUUUGGAUUAAUUUGCUUGGGAUUUGAGAUAUUUGUAAAAUCGUAUUCUCUA